UGGGCUGGUUGAGAGGAGGUUCAAAAGUUCUUGGAUCUCGACUUUCUUUGUCCUGUUCGAAAAGAUUCAAUAUUUCGUAAUACCUUUGUUUUUUUUCGGUCCUUUUGUGAGUAAGAGUGGUGGUUUGGUAACUGAAGUUUGCUAAUUGCAUGAGUAUUUAAGACUUUACAUGCAGACGGAAUUGAGCGUACUUUCAUGGUUCGAGAACUUCGUCUGGAUCGUUCGUUGUCAGUCUGGAGUUUUUGUCACUCUAGGAGUUCGCCGGUGUCACGUCGCCACGAUUCUGGAAUAGCGAAACAAAUUCCGCAUAUUCGCUACAGUUAUACUUAAUUUUCUUCAAUUGAGACAGAGAGCAAGGCAACAUAUAAAAAGCUAGUUCGACAUUCGCGGAACCAUUGAUCGAAUCAGUCUAUCUUUCCCCAUUUCCACGUUUAGAAACAUACUAAAUCAGGAAAUCCCACGCACAUUUUCGCCUCCUCCACUAGAUGCUGGUCUAGGGCGGUCCUUCUGCAUGCCUGGGAUCCAUUCACCUGCGCCUUACAACGCCGCCCCCUCUCACGACCCGACCCUAGAACCUCUCUCCACGCAAUCUCAUAUAGAUAAGAUCAUACUACAUAAUACGCUCUACGGCCAAUAGUCAGCCAUAAAUUACACAUUUCCCACUCGUUGAAAAUUGAGUUCCAGCUUGUGCUCGGGUCAACUAACGAGUUGUUGUGAUAAAUGCCCUAAAGAUUGUGUGAUCUCUGCACCUCUAAUGUAUUUUCUUUCGCCCUAUCACACGUAAUUGGCAUAAAGAUUUACAAUAUAAGAACUCGCGAUGACGGUCACGCAGAUAUAUCCUUCCAUCGCUCCGCUGCCGAUAACAGAAUCAGAUCUUCUGUACCAUCCGCAACAUUUCGAUCCUCAAUCGCAAAUACUUUUUCAGCAGCAGCAGCAGGAACAACAACAGCAACAACAACAGCAACAACAACAUUCAUAUCUAGAUCCUGCCCUCGCUCAAAAUGAUCUCAGAAUAUUCACUCAAGGGCUGGCGCACAAUCGGAGCUAUGAUACCCCACUAGCGCCAUAUCCUGCCUCGGAUAGUAGUGAUGGUUCGAUAGAUUUGUGUGGAGGAGUAAUGAAUUGGGUUAAUGGAAGGAGUGCCAGUGAGUUCUUUUUGCUUGUGUCUUCGAUAUUGCGGGGCGGAUCAACGGCCUGCAAGAGAUGAAAAAAGAGCUUCUAUUCUAGAAAGUGAUGGGACAAGAUAAUGGCACUCAUCAGUUCCCAAUCUUCGUCGCAGAAAAUUGUAACCCAGGAAUUUCCAGAUACUAACUCCCUUAGCUAUGCCCACGGAUCCAUAUAUUUAUAAUCAAUCCUCUCCAUCGGCACCUCCGUAUGCUCUAGCACUUACGCCACCCACACAAUCGCUUUCCCCACGGGAACCGAAUGCCAAACGCGAUGCAUCGACUGCAGCCUCGGCACGAUUUCGCCAGAAAAAGAAACAGAGAGAAAAGAUUCUGGAGUCGAAUGUUAAGCAACAACAGGAGAGAAUUGGGAUGAUGGAAUGUAGAAUAAAGGAAUUGGAAGGCGAGAACGGAUUUUUGAAGGAACUAGUAAUGGGCAGAAUUAAAUGGAAAGAGGAGAGAGAGAACGAGGAGAGUAGCAGAGAGGAAGAAGAGAAAGAAAAAGACAGUCGAGAGACAGAGUAAAUGGUGUAUAUAGCUACUCUGCUGCACACAAAGAAGAGCGUAGAGCGUGAACAUGGCUUGAAGUUUUGCUUCACUGUGCGGAAUCGUACAGCAUUUGUCUGAGGAUGGAGUACAUACCGAAGAACUUUGUGAGACUUUCGUUCCUGGAAUAGUCAGCCUGAUGAAAUCUUCCUAGGCCUUCAAUGCGAAUUUGAUGUUUUUGAGAGUAGCGGUCCAUAUAUUGAACGGCUUACAUAUACUCACUCACUUGAGACAAAAGACCAGAUUCUAUGGCAGCUUCGUUUUAUUAUAAACAGUCACAAGAGAUGGAGUCCAUGACCAUUUCCAUGAUUAGACUCAUCUAGG